AUAUAUUUAAAACAAAAUAAAUAAGACUUGCGCGUGUAAACUUGUCAAAGAAAACACUUGGACAUAAUAAUAUUUAUCAUUACCUUUUUAAUCGCCGAGGUCAAACAUUUAGAUAUUGAUUCUGAUGCAAUGGGAUAUUAAAAUUCUGAAAUUAAAAAUUUAAUCAGAAAAAAUGGAAGUUAAAACCGGAAUCAAGGAACUAGAUGACAAAAUAUGUGAGUGGUUAAAUUUUAACAAGAAUCCAGAAGCUAAAAAUGAAGUCCUGGAGCUUGUGUCUCAAGGAGAUGUUAAAUUACUCAGUAAAUUAUUUUUACAACGAUUGGAGUUUGGUACUGCGGGACUUAGAGGUAGAAUGGGCCCGGGGUACAAUCAGAUGAAUGAAGUUGUGAUUAUUCAGACAGGCCAAGGGUUGAUGAAGUACUUGAAAGGUUCUGUAGAUGAUUUAGAGGAAAAAGGAGUGAUUAUUGGAUAUGAUGGACGCUACAACAGCAAAAGGUUUGCUGAGCUUACCGCAGCGAUAUUUAUUUCUAAUAAAAUCCGAGUGUACUUGUACUCAAAGGUAUGUCCAACGCCAUACAUACCCUUUGGAGUCCAGAAGUACAAAUGCGCUGCGGGAAUAAUGAUUACGGCUUCGCAUAACCCGAAGGAUGACAACGGGUACAAAGUCUAUUGGGAGAACGGCACGCAAAUAAUUUCUCCUCAUGAUAAAGGAAUUUCUAAGUACAUUCUCCAGAAUCUGGAGCCUGCUGAGGAAGCAUGGAUUACGAGUGGAAUUUAUUCCUCUCGACUGUACAAAGACCCGUUGGAUGAGGUAAUGUCUUCCUACAACAAAUUGAUCAAAGAUGACACUAUUUACCCGGAGGUUAAUGGAAGUACUAGUUUAAUUUUUACUUACACCGCCAUGCACGGAGUCGGGUACGAAUAUAUGUGUGAAGCGUUCACAGCUGCCAAUUUUAAGAAAUUUGUAGCAGUGGAAGAACAAAAAUUACCCGAUCCCGAUUUUCCAACUGUUAAAUUUCCAAAUCCAGAGGAAGGAAAGAGUGCAUUAGAUUUAAGUAUUAAGACUGCUGAGGCCAAUGAGUCCAGUGUGAUACUCGCCAAUGAUCCUGACGCUGAUCGAUUGGCUUGCGCUGUUAAAAAAGACACUGAAGAUUGGCAUGUAUUUACCGGAAACGAACUAGGAGCUCUUCUAGGCUGGUGGAUGUUACAUCGAUACCGUGUAAAAUUCCCAGACAAAAAUAUAUCCGACACAUACAUGAUGGCUUCCACAGUUUCUAGUAAAAUUCUUGCCUCUAUGGCUAAAAAAGAAGGCUUUAAAUUUGAGGAAACUUUGACGGGAUUUAAAUGGAUGGGAAACAGAACUUAUGAAUUGAAAAAAAUUAACAAGCAAGUGUUGUUUGCCUUCGAAGAGGCCAUUGGAUUCAUGUGUGGCGAUAAUGUCCUAGAUAAGGAUGGAAUUUCUGCUGGAGUUCGUGUUGCUGAGUUGGCUGCUUAUCUUGAGACUAUGGGAUUCACUUUGUUGGAUAAAUUAAAUGAGAUUUUUACAGAAUAUGGUAGACAUAUUAAUGACAAUUCUUAUUGGAUUUGUCAUGAGCAAGAAAUAAUUAAAAAAAUUUUUGAACGUUUGAGAAAUUUUGAGGGCAAGCCUAACACUUAUCCAUCAAGUAUCUCAGGAGGAAAAUACACAAUAAUAGGAAUCCGUGAUUUAACAACUGGUUACGAUAAUACGCAAAUAAAUAACAAAGCGAUUUUACCUACGUCAAAGUCAAGUCAAAUGAUAACUUUUACAUUUGCAAAUGGGCUGGUGUGUACUCUAAGGACCAGCGGAACCGAGCCAAAAAUAAAAUAUUACACGGAAUUGUGCGCAUCUCCAGAAAUCCAAGACCUUAAUGUACUGAAUGAUAUCUUAAGUGAAAUGGUAUCGUCAAUAGUGAAGGAGUUCUUGCGCCCGGAAUCAAAUGGAUUGAUAGCGCGUUCUACUUAAAC